AUGGCAGCAAACGCGAAAACCGUCAUCGCGACGGGUGCCUCGUCGGGACUGGGAUUCGAAGCUGUCAAGCAGCUGCUCGAGCAGCCUGAGCCUUACAACUUCAUUCUGGGUGCCCGAGACACCGAGGGAACUCAGGCUGCGUACAAUGCGCUCGGCUUCGACGCUUCUAAGCACUCAGUCCACAUUCUGCCGCUUGAUCUGAAGGACCUGCGUAGUGUGCAGGUAUUUGCUCAGAAGGCGCUCGCCCAGCUGGGUCCGAACAAGGUGGACUAUUUGUUCCUGGCUGCUGGUACCCUUGACGACGCUAAUGGUCCCGGCCCGAACGGUUCGCAAUGGUGCGAUGGAUAUGUCGUUAACCAUCUUGCCCAGCAUUACCUGGUCCACUUGAUCCGUGAGACUUUGAUUGCAUCUCACACACGUCUUAUCUUCGUAUCCUCCGGGUCAAUUCGCAAUGUGCGAGGGCAGGAUCCUAAAACGCUGGAUGUAGAUCUGAAGGCCGGCUCCGGCGCAGGCAUGCAAACAGUGUACAGUGCCUCCAAGUUCGUCCAGCUGCUGGGUGCCCAUUAUUGGCGUCGCCAACUACCAGAGUGCACAGUUGUAGCUGUUUCUCCCGGUCUCAUCCCCAGCACCAAGCUCGCCACAGACAUGGGGCUGAGUAUGAAUAUGCCCGAUGCCAAGACGAUCCCAGAAGGAGCCCAAAACAUUCUCCGCGCAUUUACUCGGAACGACAUCCCAGCCGACCCGGAGCAGAUCUUCUUGACUAGUUGGGGGGAGUGGUGGCCCAAGGAUGUCUAUGCGAUGAGUCUGGACACCAGUCUGCAGAACAGGUGGUGUUUGAGCAGAGAAGAAAUUGAAAAGGCCGAAGGCCUUGCUGGGGACUCAUAA